CCGUUGCUCGGCGCACGCACGCCCCUCACCUCCUGCCUCAGCCACGCGCCCCGCCUCGUUAACAUGCAAAUCUAUGCACAUACGUUUGCAUACCGAUGAGGCCGGGCGAGGAGCGGGGCUAGCGUUCAAAAUGGCGGAGCGGGGAGGCAGAGGGAGCGGCGGGCACGGCAGUUUGGAUAAGAGCAUCACCCUCCCGCCUGAUGAAAUCUUCCGCAACCUGGAGAACGCCAAGCGCUUCGCCAUCGACAUCGGUGGCUCAUUAACCAAGUUGGCUUAUUAUUCAACUGUGCAGCACAAAGUGGCAAGAGUGAGAUCCUUUGAUCAUUCUGGAAAGGACAUAGAAAAUGAACCUUUGUAUGAAAUAUCAGUUCAGGAGGAGAUAACAGCUCGCCUGCACUUCAUCAAGUUUGAGAACAAUUAUAUCGAAACUUGUCUAGAUUUCAUCAAAGACCAUCUUGUCAAUACAGAGACUCAAGUCAUCAAAGCUACAGGUGGUGGUGCCUAUAAAUUUAAAGAUCUUAUUGAGAAGAAGUUGGGGUUGAAAGUAGAUAAAGAAGAUGUGAUGACCUGCCUGAUCAAAGGAUGCAACUUUCUGCUGAGGAACAUCCCCCAUGAAGUGUUUGCAUACCAGAAGGAUUCAGACACAGAGUUCCGAUUUCAGACAAAUCACCCAAACAUUUUCCCAUACUUACUGGUGAACAUUGGCUCUGGGGUUUCAAUAGUGAAGGUAGAAUCAGAAGACAAAUUUGAAUGGAUAGGAGGGAGCUCAAUUGGAGGUGGAACCUUCUGGGGUCUUGGAGCACUGCUCACUAAAACAAAGAAAUUUGAUGAAUUGCUGCAACUUGCUUCCAAGGGACAGCACACAAACGUAGACAUGCUGGUGAAAGAUGUGUAUGGAGGCGCCUGCCAGACCCUGGGGCUAAGUGGGAACCUGAUAGCAAGCAGCUUUGGGAAAUCCACUACAGCAGAUAAAGAGUUCUCCAAAGAAGAUAUGGCAAAAAGUUUACUCCAUAUGAUCAGCAAUGACAUUGGUCAGCUUGCCUGCCUCUAUGCCAAACUCCAUAACUUAGAUAAAAUAUAUUUUGGAGGAUUCUUUAUUCGGGGUCACCCUGUUACCAUGCGCACAAUAACCUUCAGUAUCAACUUCUUCUCAAAGGGAGAGGUUCAGGCAUUGUUCCUGAGACAUGAAGGCUACCUGGGAGCCAUUGGGGCAUUUUUAAAAGGAGCUGAACAAGACAAUCCAAAUCAAUAUAGCUGGGGAGAGAAUUAUGCUGGGAGUUCUGGACUUAUGAGCACAUCACCUGAUGUCUACCCCAUGCAGAGGACCCGGAGUGGUACAUUUGACAUGUUUGAAAUGGAUAGGUUGGAGAGACCGCUGGUUAACCUGCCACUGCUGAAGGACCCAUCAACCUAUAUUCCAGACACUGUUGACCUCACAGAUGAUGCCAUGGCCAGAAAAUACUGGCUCACUUGUUUUGAGGAGGCGUUGGAUGGGGUAGCAAAGCGUGCUGCAGCCAGCCAGCCAGAUUCUGUUGAUGCACCUGAGAGAGCCGAAAAGUUCCGACAGAAGUACUGGAACAAGCUCCAGACACUCAGACAGCAGCCUUUUGCAUAUGGCACCUUAACAGUUAGAAGUCUUUUGGAUACAAGGGAACACUGUUUAAACGAGUUCAAUUUUCCGGAUCCUUAUUCGAAGGUAAAGCAGAAAGAAAAUGGCAUAGCCUUAAAAUGUUUUCAAAGCGUAAUCGAAUCUUUGGAUUCAUUAGGCUGGGAGGAGAGGCAGUUUGCUCUGGUGAAAGGACUUCUUGCGGGGAAUGUCUUUGACUGGGGAGCAAAAGCAGUCUCAGAUGUUCUGGAAUGUGAGCCACAAUUUGGAUUUGAAGAAGCCAAGUCAAAACUGCAAGAACGUCCCUGGUUAGAAGAUUCCUACAGUCAGUGGCUAGAGCGGCUGAAGGAGGGUCCCCCUCAUAAAUGUGCCUUAAUUUUCGCAGAUAACAGUGGAAUAGACAUAAUUUUAGGCGUCUUUCCAUUUGUUAGAGAGCUUCUUUCUAGAGGAACAGAGGUUAUAUUGGCUUGUAACUCUGGCCCUGCUCUAAAUGAUGUCACCUACAGCGAAUCCCUGAUCGUUGCUGAACGGAUAGCAGCAAUGGAUCCAGUUAUUCAAUCUGCACUGAAGGAAGAGAAGCUGCUGCUGGUCCAGACGGGUUCAAGUUCUCCUUGUCUAGAUCUGAGCCGCCUGGAUAAAGGUCUGGCUGUGCUGGUCAGAGAACGGAAGACAGACUUGGUUAUCAUUGAAGGCAUGGGUCGUGCCAUCCACACCAAUUACUACGCGGCUUUGAAGUGUGAGAGCCUCAAGCUUGCUGUUAUCAAAAACUCCUGGCUUGCCGAUCGCCUUGGAGGGAAAAUAUUCAGCGUCAUUUUCAAGUAUGAAGUGCCAUGUAAAUGAUACAGAUCUGGUCAGCUGGGUGAACAGGAGCAGCAGAAUGGACUUGCACUAGUUUUACUUUAACUGUAAAGAAUGUAUUUUUAUUACAACAGGGAAAAGAGGUCACAGGAAAUUCCAUAUUUAUAUUGUGCUUUUGUGACUUAAAAAGCAACAAUAUGAUUCACUCUAUAGUAUACACACUCAAAUAUAUAUAUGUAUAUCA